UCUCAUCAAAAGCAACUGCUAGUAUAGUAAAAACUUUUGCUGCGAUCGGUCCUCAGAAGACCCCCAAUUCUAGCGGUGUCCCAGGAGUCAAAGUGAGAGAGAUCCUAGUCGAGUAAAUUUGAACACCAUGUACAAAUCACUCUUCCUGGUUGCUCUGGUCUUUUCACAAGGCAACUAUGCUGCCAACAACAACAACGAUGAGGAGUACUUCGAAUUCACCUGUCCCGAGGAUGAUGGUGACUUCGAAGAUCCCUAUCAAUGCGACCGAUACUACCAGUGCCGGGAUGGACGCGUCACCGAGAAAUUGUGCCCGGAUGGGCUAGUGUUCAAUCCCGACAGCAAACUGGCCAACAAAUGCGAUCAAAUCUACAAUGUCGAUUGCAAGGAUAGGAAGGAAUUGCAACCCCCUAAUCCAAUCGGGAACUGUCCUCGGCAGAAUGGAUUCUUCCCUCAUGUGGAGCCAGAGAUCUGCAACAUUUUCUAUCACUGCGUCAACGGGCGAGAGCUGGAAAUGACUUGCGUGGCCGGAUUGUACUUCAAUCUGAAGACAGGAACAUGCGUUUGGCCGGAUAUGGCUGACCGCAAAAACUGCGGCGGAAAUGUCAGAAAGAAGCUUCAGGAUGGGUUCCAGUGCCCGAGAGAUUAUGAAAAGAUGGACAAAAAUGGUCAAAUGAUUACGCAUCCAAACUAUGCCCAUCCUGAGGAUUGUUCCAAGUUCUACAUUUGCUUGAAUGGUGUCGAACCGAGAUCUGGAUCGUGUGAUGCGGGUCUCGUGUUCAACGAGGACACAAAACAGUGCGACGAUCCCGAGAAUGUUCCGGGAUGCGAAGACUGGUACGCCACAUCUGACAAAUCUGAUCAAUGAUUUUUUUUUCUUCAAUUUUAUGAGGAUGGAAAUCACCAUGUAAUAUAUUGUUAUUGAACGACAUAUUAUCAGCAUCUAUAGAUAGUUUUGAAAAAAAAAAACAUCCUAGAAGCGGUCAAUUAUUAUCAUCAAAUGGAUGUUUUAAACUAUAGCAGUUUAUUGAAGUUGAUCUAAGAAGUUCAUGUUAAAUUAACAAACAGUUAGUACAAUUUAGUUUAACCUAGUUUUUUAUCCGUGUAAAGUCUUAUGUUACUGACCGUACAAUAAAAAGAUGUGCUCUUUUUACAGAUUUUUUA